AUGGGGAACAGCUGUGAAUAUUCAGAUGUAAUUGUCAUGGAUGCUGAGGAGCAAGCAGGGAUAGAAAAUAGGAUAGACAAGAAAAAAGUCAAUAAUUACACGGAAAAACUUACUAUUCAGUCUGAAAAAAUUGCAUUAGCUAUUGGAGACAGUGAUAGUGAAUUCUUACAAGUAGUCAUGGAUAAUGAUUCAGCCUUACAGGACAAAGCAAUGAGUAUAGUAUAUAAACUUGAAAAUGUUCAAAAAGAUAUGAGAAAGCUUAAUGUAGAAUACAAACCACUAGAAAGUAAAGGAGCAGAAACUGUAGUACAGCAUAUGUGUGAGCUUCAAUUGAAACUACAACAGGAAUUCUUUGAAAAACAACAAAGAAGAAAGGAGGAGCAAAUGGAAAAACAACAAAGGUUCUUUGAAGAACAACAUGCUUUAAAAGAUAAAAGUACAAAUACAGUGAAAUUACCCAAAUUGGACAUGAUCUCAUUCAGUGGAAAUCGCCUUCAAUGGACGGAAUUCUGGGAUUCUUUUCGAAGUGCGAUACAUGAAAAUGAUAAGCUUUCUCCUAUUGAUAAAAUUAAUUAUUUGAAAGGAAAAUUAGUAGGUGAAGCUAGAAGUGCCAUUGCUGGGCUGACAUUAUCACAUGAGAAUUAUGAUAUAGCUAUUCAUAUUAUUCGUGAAAGAUUCGGUGACCUCCAGGAUAUAAUUGAUUUACAUUACAAAGGUAUAGUGAAUAUCUUACCACCGAAGAAUACUACAGAAGGAUUAAGAUUCUUUUUUCGACAAUAUUGA